AGGGCAGCAGAUCUCUUCCCUGCCUCAUCUCCCCAGGCUGUAGCCCUGGCCCCAAAUCUCCAUGGCAACCCCUGGACACAGUUCUGAACCAAAGCGGGAGGAUCUGGAAGAGGAAGCACACAGAGACCAGGGGGCUGGAGGACUUGCCUCCGCCUUCUCCUUGUGUCCCACCAGCCUCCUUGCUGGCCUGACCAGGUCCCCAUAUCCCAGUCUCCCCAAACACCCCAAGCUGAAGAUUCUGUGCUUCUGCCCCAUUGCUGGGCACAGCAGAGCCUGGAUGGAGGCUUGUCUUCUGCAGUUGCCCCAAAGGUUGCUCCUGCUGGGGGCAGCCACCCUGACUGCAACUGCUUUGGAGACAGCCGACCUGGCGGACCUGUGCGGGCAGACGUGGCAGGGGGACGGGCUGCUGCUGCGCUCGCACGCCGCGUCGCGCAGGUUCUACUUCGUGGCUCCGGACACCGACUGCGGGCUCUGGGUGCAGGCGGCGGCCCCCGGCGACCGGAUCCGCUUCUAGUUCCGUUUCUUCCUGGUCUACAGCCUGACCUUAGCGCCCCCGGCGCUCAACGCCUCCUCCCCGGCGCCUGCCGACCCUUGUGCCUCCGGCUCCUACCUGCAGUUCUAUGAGGGCCCGCCGGGGGCGCCCCGGCCCCUGGGGUACCCCCUCUGCGGCCUGACCAUCCCGGUCCCCGUGGCAUCCUCCGGACCCUUCCUAGGCCUGCGCCUGGUCACGAGAGGCCGCCAGCCCUGCGUGGACUUCGUGGGCGAAGUCACCUCUUUCCAUCUGGGACCUUGUGGUGCCUACUUCCACUGCCGGAAUGGCAGGUGCAUCCCCUCAAGCCUCAUGUGUGACCCCUGGCGCAUGGACAACUGUGGCGAUAGCAGUGACCAGGGCUUCUGGCUACCAGCUGACUGCAGAGGUCCCUCUCCGGUGCCCAGCCAGACAGGAAGUACGGAUGCCCAUACCUCCAGACCCUUGACUUCCUCCCCAGCUCUCGGGUCUGCAGGGUCCCUCCGGAUUGCAGCUGAGAGGAGCUCCCCAGCAGGCAGGGACCCCAGGAGACAGGAUGCAGCUUUGGAAGGUCAUACCCUGCCCCUACUCUUCCCACCAAAAUCACACCUGUCCCUCUCCAGGUGA